UGAAUCCACAUAUAACCGCAUGACUUACCAUGCUCGGAGUUUAGUUGUGUCUGAGACUUGAACAAGAUGUUGGUGCUUUUGAUUGCUCCGCUGAUAGUUUCCUGUGCUCAUGGAGCUCAAGUGUAUAUGCAGUUCAAUGGACAAGGAUACUCCUACAACACGGAUGGCGAUAGAUUGGAUAGGAGUGUCGUUACGCCUAGUUUUGGAGCAUCUUCUUUGGAUUCCUUUGGUCCGCUGAACUUUGUGCAUCAGGCUCUGAGAACAAGGCAAAAUCCGCUUGCCAGAAUUUCCUACAACACACAGGAUAAUCUAGCAGUGGCAACAUCCUCGCUGAGUAGUGGCUACCAAUUAGCAGCGACCAAUCACCUGAAGCCCCUGCAAAGCCAUCAAAACUUUGAUUUCAGCACCGACCAGAUGUCGCAUGCCCAGCACACCGAUGAGGCGGGAAAUGUUUUGGGCAAGUACUCCUACUACGAUGAGGCUGGCUACCAUGAGCUGAGCUACAAGGCGGGCGCCGGCAUCGGAUUCGUGGUCAUGGGUGGCAAUUUGGCCAAGGCCACCGCCGCUGAACCGCACUCGGAAAUCGAAAUCGGAAACGGAAUCCAAACAAAUGCCUUGACAAGCCUGCAAGAGUUGCAUAAAUAUCGUGGCUACACGUAAAUAAAAUAUAUAAGCCAAAACUAAUGCUCGUUCUACUUGGGUGUUUUUCGUUAUUUACUGGAAGUCUUUGGAGAUCUGACAGUGUCACCUGUCGUGUUUGACACCUACGUGAUCGGGGAUCUGAACUGCACACAUAUGUCAAAGAAUGAAUGACUGGUAAAACGGAGUUCAUUCAAAGCAAAGAUUGCUGCCUUGCUUGGAUAUAGAAUGCAAGCAAUAAUCAAAUAUAAUAGGGAGCUCUGCAUUUCAUACCUUCUACGCGACACAAAAAUAUCUCUCGAUGGAAACACAUUAU